UCGACUGAUCUCUGACGUACGUUUGCAAAGUGAGCCCAACAACUAGUCUGCAGAAGCCGUGGUUGCUUUUUACUUUCACCAGUUCCCAAGUUUAGGUUUUGUUAGAUUUUUAGAAACAUGUUUACUACAAAAUUUUGUAUGGGGAGUUUAUUCCCCGCACUGCAGAAAUCUCCUCUUGUGAGCUUCGGUUUACAUAGCUCUGCAUGUUGGAGAGGACCUAAAGUAGCUGUAGUUCUGUCAGGCUGUGGUGUGUAUGAUGGCACAGAGAUCCAUGAAGCCUCUGCGAUUUUGGUCCACCUAAGUCGUGGUGGAGCAGAGACCCAGAUCUAUGCACCAAACAUUUCACAGAUGCAUGUUGUUGACCACAGCAAGGGACAACCAGCUGAGACUGAAUCUCGGAAUGUUUUUGUAGAAUCUGCAAGAAUUGCUCGGGGCAAUGUUACUGAUCUGCAUGAACUUAGCCCUCAGAAUUGUGAUGCUGUCAUCUUCCCUGGUGGAUUUGGAGCUGCCAAAAAUCUGUCUACCUUUGCAGUGGAUGGGACAAAUUGUAAACUGAACCCAGAAGUUGAAAGAGUAUUAAAGGAUUUUCAUAAAGCAAGCAAGCCUAUUGGUUUGUGCUGCAUUGCACCAGUUCUAGCUGCAAAAGUGAUUCCUGGGGUAGAGGUCACGGUAGGGCAUGAAGAGGAAGAAGGCGGAAAAUGGCCUUAUGCAGGAACAGUGCAAGCCAUCAAAUCUUUUGGAGGAAAACACUGUGUGAAAGAUGUUAAUGAAGUUCAUGUGGACAAGAAGAACAAGGUUGUCACAACUCCAGCAUUUAUGUGUGACACCAAGUUACAUCACAUCUUUGACGGUAUUGGUGCUAUGGUGCAGAAUGUGCUGAAAUUAACUGGAAAGUAGUGAAAAGACCUCCCAGUUGAAUUUCCUAUUGUGAUGCUUGAAGCAAGAUGCUGUCCAUUUAAAAAAAAAAGGUCAAGAAUAUUGUAACUGGAAAUAUUAAGUAAUCUCAGCAUUGGUAUCCCUAGCCAGUUUCAUUGUAACAGAUUAUUGAUGUUAUUGAAAACAGUGUUUCAGAACAUUACGCAGUUUAAUCCUUUGAAUGUAUGUACAUUGAAAUCUGCAUUAAUAAGGGAUUUACUAUCUUUAGGAAUAUUGAAACUUGUAUUUAAACUAAUUAGGACUACUGGAGGAUUGAACUAUGUCAUCAGAGUAUGAUGUAAAAGACAAUUCAGUGGGAUUUGCUUAACACUGAAAAAUGUCUAAUAAAUGUGAUUGUUUGUAAGCCCUAAACUGCCAUUAAUUUGUGACAUGAAUUUAGUUUGACACCCCUCAUAAAAUCUGGUAACUUUGUAAGCUGUGUGCUUCUGAUAUACCCCCUGAAACAGUAGCACAUUUUUGUGCACUUCAUUUUACCAAGUUGUCUUCAAAUUUUACUUUGGUCACACAGAAGUGUAAGAUUUGUAUUCUUCAAUUAGUAUUUGUUGAUUUACAUUUAUUUAAAAUAGCUAAUGUCAUUUGUAUUCAGCCUGGCCAUUGUUGUACCAAUGUUUAAUUUGUCGAACUCUUGAAGUUUGUACCGUGUUUCCCCUUAUACUAUUGAAUACAAUUUAUUCUUGUCUUUUGAUGCCCAUUAACAAGUUUGUGCAGCUUUUCUAUUGCAUAUAAAGGUCUGUGAACAUGAUUUGUCAUUCAUUCACAAAAUUCAUUAUUGUUUUCCAGCACUUUUUGAAGGUGUUUGUUUCCUUUGUCAGCACUUAAUGCACCAUUAUUUUGAAACAGUAUGUAAAUUGUGUGCAUUUGUUUUCUGUUUACUGAAAUAAAAUAUUAACUCUGUUAAGUUAUAAACAGGCUUUUUGAAAAAAUGUUCUUGUGUAUCUUGGCACAUGAAUUAAAUAAAUGCCUAUCAGAAUUAGUCAACAGAAACGUUUUCCAGUUGUCAUAAAGUUUUACUGUGACAGCCAUUAGACAUUUAUAAACUAUUUUUACUUUUCUCCAGUAACGUCUUACUGAAUGGCCAUCACUUUUAGUCAGUUGAGGUUCUGUUUAUCACAUUAUCUAUCAUAAGGGGUAUACAUACAUCACUGUUAGGUUGCAUGGUGUGCCACUUGGUUUUAUUAGCUGUUGAGACUGAAACAGUGCAAAAAUGUUAUGAAUAUUCCCAAAACUUGUUACUUUAGGAAUUAAACUGAAUAAAGAUAUAUGUUCCAAAUUUC